CGUUAACAAAAGAAAUCAAAUUCUACUUUUCAAACUCCAUAUCCACUUAAUUGUUGGUGCAAUGAUAAUGGAAAUAUGGUAUGUUUGGGUUUUCAUAAUAUCUUUUUUGAGUGUAAGUGUAGGCAACUGGAUUUAUAGGUGGAGGAACCCUAAAUGAAAGAGCAAACUCCCUCCUGGUUCCAUGGGAUUCCCUCUUAUAGGAGAGACCCUUAGCUUCUUUGUCACUUCCAACUCCAUUGACAUGCAUCCUUUCGUUAAUGAAAGAUUGAAAAGAUACGGUCCGUUGUUCAAGACAAACAUAGCGGGUCGACCGGUGGCGGUGUCAUCAGAUCCCGAAUUCAACUACUUCGUGUUGCAACAAGAGGGGAAACUCAUCGAACUCUAUUACGUGGAUUCCUUUUCACAGACGGUACACAACGAUAACCUGAGAAAUCUAGGUGGCUACUUCCAGAGGUAUCUACGGCGCUCCAUUCUCCGUCAUUUCGGACAUGAGCCACUCAAACGUAAGCUGUUGUCUGAGUUUGAGGAUGUAAUAAACCAUGAAUUACAUAAGUGGACCAAUCUGCCAGAGGUCGAUGUAAAACGCCAAACUGUUCCCAUGUUAUUUGAUUUAACCUCACAGAUCCUGAUGAGUCAUAAACCAGAAAAAAAUUUAGGUGAAGAUUUAAACAACAUGUUGCAAUCAAUUAUGACAUUUCCUUUAUAUAUCCCUGGGACCGCUUUCUACAAAUGUAUACAGAAGAAAAGAAAAGCAAUAAAGCUGACGACUUGGGUUUUAGAAGAGAGGAUGAAGGGGUACUCUUACGAUAAUUCAGCAGAAGGUUGCAAUAAAAAGGGAGAUUUUUUGGAUGAAAUAGUAGGAAACAUUGGGAAAGAAGCAUUUUUGACGAAGGAAUUCGUGCCUUUCCUUCUGUUUGGGCUACUCCUUGCUACUGUCGAGACGAUUUCACCCACUACCACUUUGGCCACCAUGUAUCUACUGGACAACCCAUCGGCUUUGCAACAAUUAACAGUUCGUUCCUUCCUUUACAUGAUUUUAACUUAUUAUUAUUGCUUUUAAUUAAAUUAAUAUAUACUUAAGCAUUUAUAUUUCUUUUUGCUAGGUGAAUAUUUUAGAUAAUUGGAGGGUUUAUUUAUAUAAUUUUUAAUAAUAUAAUCUGAGUUUUGGGGUUAUGUUAUAUAUUCGGAAUUUAUAUGAGUGUACAUGAAUAAAUGCAAUUUUUGUAGGUCUUAACUAUAAAAUUAGCCCCAAUCAAUAUCGUUUUCUUCACUUAGUUAUUUAGAAAGUUUUUUUUUUAAAUGGUAUCUUCAAUUUCAUCUUAAUUUAUUUGUGCAACAUUUAGUAAGAACAUAUUAUGUGUGUAACGUAUGCUGUGUGUCACGUACUAAUUGAUUGAGAUUGUAUGUUGGGAUAAAAUGAAGAAAAAUUUCUUUGAAAAAAUUUGGAUAUUAAUAUUUUAGUUUUUAAGAAAUGAACCAGGAGGAGCAUGAGGAAAUUCUAAAGAACAGAGAAGGUGCCAAUUCUGGACUUGUAUGGGAGGAAUACAAAUCCAUGACGUUCACUCGUUACGUGAUUAAUGAAACACUUAGGUUAGAAAAUCUUCUUCCAGGGAUGCUGAGGAAAGUUAUAGCUGACAUUCACGUCGAUGAUAGAUAACAAUAUGUAUACAUAUAUAUAUUAUUACCAAUUUAUUUGAAUAUAUUAUAAACAAGUGUGAUUCAUCCUUUAAAUAAUAAAAUUAAAAAUAUAAAUAUUGCAGGAUAUACAAUACCAAAAGGUUGGAUCCUAUUGGUUAUGCCCACAGCUCUUCAUCUGAACCCUAAUAUAUAUGAAGAUCCUCUUACCUUCAACCCUUCAAGGUGGAAGGUAUAAUUAUACUCUUUCCCAUGGAUUAAAUCUUAAAUAAAACUUUGGGAGCAAUGAAUUAUAAUUUGUCAAUUAUUAUGGUAUUUUUAAAAAUAAUAAAAUGAAUAAAGAACAUUGGGAGCAAUGGAAUGGCAAAGAACUUCAUACCAUAUGGAGGAGGGGAUAGGCCGUGUGCUGGUGCAGAGUUCAGCAAGGUUCUAAUGGCUGUCUUUUUACAUGUCUGGGUCACCAAAUUCAGGUUCACAAAAAUCAAGGGAGGGACAUAGUUCGUGCACCCAUUCUGGGAUUUCCAGAUGAUUUCUACGUUAAUGUUUCAGAAAAACAUUGUUAAAUAUAUAUAUAUAUAUAUAUAUAUAUUAAAAUGCUAUACAUAUGUGAGUUCAAUGCCAAUGUUUUGAUUUUAUUCAUAACAUUAAGCUAAAUUAUAUAUUAAUAAAUAUUUGUAAUAAUUUCAGUUUACAAGUGACCAUAUGUAUGUUCGGACAUGUACUUAUGAUUGUACAUAUAUUUAUAGAUAUAAA